CGAACGCGGAAAUAAUGAAAAUGAAGGUCAUCGCUCUCUUGGUUGCUACCCUUUCCGUUGCCACUGCAUUCGCCCCGCAGGUGGUCAGCAGUCGGUCCACUACUGCUUUAAAUGAAAAGUUUUGGGACAAGGUCGCGGGUAUGGAUCUCUUUGCUCCUAAUCCAGACAUCAACAAGUAUGGACAGCGUGGUAAGAAAGUCAAGCAGGGAUCCAUUGGCUCGAACUCUUACGUACCGGCUGGUCUUUCGCUCAGCGAGUACCAGAAAAUUCGCCAAAAGGAUGUCGCGAAGCGUGACGCCUCCUACAAACGUAACGUCGCGAAGGCUGGGAAGUACACUGAUUUCACUGACUGGUAUGUUAAGCGCGGGACCGAAGAAGGAGGAGGAUGGCUAAAGGCUGCUGGAAGAGGGCACACUUUCGCCAAGCUAAAGUACGAGGACUUGUCGCAACAGAAGAAAUACGAUGGCACUGGAAAUAUUUUUGGCAAGAAAACAUCGGGCAAAAAGAAAUAGGUAGCUCACGCGACGAGGACUAAACUUUCAAUAGUGCAUUGAGAAAAGUGUAUACCUUAGAGAGCUUCUAACUGUAAAUGAGCCAAUGUAGACAUUUGCAAACAAAAUGUGCGCAGCCAACUGAUGUACAUGAAUUACUUUGAUAUCUACAAAUAAG